GGGGUAAACAAAACUUAAAAUAAAUGAGAUGAUGUUUUAUGCAAAUUAGACGUCAUCAAAAAAGAAAGAUGAAAAUUACAACAGCAAUAAGUAUCUGAAGUGUAAUAUAAAUAAAAAAUUUAAAACUAAAACUUUCUACCAGAGUAAUAGACCUCUCUCACUCUCUCUAAAAAGAAAGAAAAACUCACAAAAUACAACAAAUCAUUUAUCACGGUUGUUGGCCCAAAGGAGUAACAAAACAAACAUCAAAUCACCUAGAAAAAAAUCACCUUAGUCAUCAUUUUUUUACAACACGACCCAGUGUGCUGCUUGCUAAAACGUUUUUACUCAUUAAAGGAUAAAAUAAACAUAAUAAGAGAGAGAGUAAUCGGGAGUAGUUGCUUAUUAGAGUUGCCAUACUCUUUAAAACGCUUUUAAACCAGUUGAAUUAAACCCAGCUUAACUACAAGUUAAACGCAAGUAAAACUUUUACAAAAUGUUUAUCGAAGAUGAUGCACAAAUGGAAAGCUUCUGGAUACAGAGCGCUAUUGGGGCCAUUAAGGCCAUUGCAUUUGUCUGUGAUAUAAUCACUUUACCGGUAUAUUUGGUUUUACAAAGACCCUGGAAACGAAGACAAGAAUCUAAACGUGUUAAGGCAAAAAUUGUUAGCAAUGAUGAGGCGGCUCUAAAUUAUCGCACAACCGAACCACCCAGAGAGACACAUAUCAAAAUGCUGCAGGACAACAUAGAUACUCUCGAAAAGGUUUUCAAUUAUGUGGCUAAAACUCAUUCAUCGAAACGUUGCCUGGGCACUCGUCAAAUUCUCAGCGAGGAGGAUGAGCUACAGCCCAAUGGUCGUGUUUUCAAGAAAUACAAUAUGGGCGAAUACAAAUGGAAGAAUUUCAUAGAGGCUGAACGCAUGGCAGCGGCUUUUGGUCGUGGUCUGCGUGAGUGUGGUCAGGAACCCCGUAGAAAUAUUGUUAUCUUUGCCGAGACACGUGCCGAAUGGAUGAUUGCCGCUCAUGGUUGUUUCAAACAAUCCAUGUCAAUUGUUACCGUCUAUGCCACUUUGGGUGAUGAGGGUGUGGCUCAUUGUAUUAGUGAAACUGAAGUUACCACUGUCAUUACUUCUCACGAUUUGUUGCCCAAGUUUAAGGUCUUGUUGGAUAAAUGUCCCCAGGUUGAUACCAUCAUUUAUAUGGAAGAUCAAUUGCAUAAAACUGAUACUACUGGUUUUAAGGAAGGUGUUAAGAUUUUGCCUUUCUCUGAGGUCGUACGCAAUGGUCAAGAUAGUAAAUUUGAAAAUGUUCCUCCCAAGGGUGAUGAUAUUGCUAUUAUUAUGUACACUUCUGGCUCAACUGGCACACCCAAAGGUGUCUGUUUGUCACACAAAAAUUGUAUUGCCACCAUGAAAGGUUUCGUUGAUGUGGUACCCAUCUAUCCCGAUGAUGUUUUAAUAGGCUUCCUUCCCUUGGCCCAUGUCUUUGAAUUGGUGGCCGAAAGUGUUUGUCUAAUGACUGGUGUUCCCAUUGGUUAUUCUACCCCCUUGACUUUAAUCGAUACUAGUAGUAAGAUCAUGAGAGGCUGCAAAGGUGAUGCUACUGUUUUGAAACCCACUUGCAUGACCACAGUACCGCUUAUUUUGGAUCGUAUCUCUAAGGGUAUUAACGAUAAAGUCAAUUCCGGUUCGGCCUUUAAGAAAGCUCUAUUCCAAUUUUUAUAUCAAUACAAAGUUAAAUGGUUCCAAAGAGGUUAUGAGACACCUUUAAUUGACAAAAUGGUUUUCAAAAAGGUUGAACUUAUGGGUGGUCGUGUUCGCAUUAUGAUGUCUGGUGGUGCUCCUCUCUCACCCGAUACCCACGAACAAAUUAAGACCUGUUUGUGUGUGGAUUUGAUACAAGGUUACGGCUUAACUGAAACUACUUCCGGUGCCACUGUUAUGGAUUACCGUGAUACCCAGUAUGGACGCGUUGGUGCUCCUUUAACUGUUUCCGAAAUUCGUUUAGUCAAUUGGGAAGAAGGUGGCUAUAGAAUAACCAAUAAACCCUAUCCUCAAGGUGAAGUUCUUGUUGGUGGCGAAUGUGUUUCCCUGGGCUAUUAUAAAUUGCCCUCAAAAACCGCUGAAGAAUUCUUUGAAGAGGAUGGCAAACGCUGGUUCAAAACCGGUGAUAUUGGUGAAAUGCAUCCCGAUGGCGUACUUAAAAUCAUUGAUCGUAAAAAGGAUUUGGUUAAAUUGCAAGCUGGCGAAUAUGUUUCCUUGGGCAAGGUGGAAUCUGAAUUGAAGACCUGUCCCUUGAUUGAAAAUAUUUGCGUCUAUGGUGAUCCUACAAAACAAUUUACUGUAGCUUUGGUGGUGCCCAAUCAAAAGCAUUUGGAAGAAUUAGCACAACGUCAGGGUUUGGAAAGCAAAUCAUUCGAAGACCUCUGCUCUAAUCCAGUAAUGGAAAAGGCGGUCAUUAAGGAAAUGGCCGAACAUGCUAGAAAAUGCAAAUUACAAAAAUACGAAGUCCCCGCCGCCAUUACAUUGUGCAAAGAAGUUUGGUCUCCCGAUAUGGGUCUGGUAACCGCUGCCUUUAAACUGAAACGCAAAGAUAUUCAAGAUAAAUAUCAACACGAUAUCAAUCGCAUGUAUGCCUCAUGAAAGUGACUAAAUCAUAGUUUUAGUUUUACUAAACAAAACAACAAAACAAACAGCAUCUAAAUGAAAGCUAAAAAUCUUUAUUUGAAAUAUAAAUAACAAAGAAAUUUUUUAUUCUUCAUUUACACAAUUUAAUUAAAAAAAAAACACAAACAAAAACUUCUCAUAAUCAAACUCCUUUCCUACAAAGACCCUCUCCCUCUUAACCCCCUCCUUACCACCUUGACCUUAAUAACAAUUCUUUCUUAAACCAGCAAUAUUUCAACAAAAACUAACUGCAUACUAAAAACAAUUAAAUAACUUAUUAUUUAAAAUAAAAAGUA